CCCCAGCGCACUUAAAUUGGGCGGCAUCAUGGCGCCAUGAUCCAUCCACACCUCUCGUUCUGCAAAGCCACUCACUGGAAGAGGAGGGAGGGAGUGCCAUGGCGGAGGUGAAGCACCUGUGCCUGGUGAAGUUCAAGGAGGGCGUCGUGGUGGAGGACAUCCUCAAAGGCAUGGCCGACCUUGCCGCCCAGAUGGACAUGGUCAAAUCCUUCGAGUGGGGGAAGGACGUGCUGAACCAGGAGAUGCUGACGCAGGGCUUCACACACGUCUUCUCGCUCACCUUCGCCUCCGCCGACGACCUCACCGCCUACAUGGCCCACGAGAAGCACGCCGCGUUCGCCGCCACGUUCAUGGCCGCACUCGAGAAGGUGGUCGUCAUCGACUUCCCCGUCGUCAUCGCCAAGCCACCGCCACAGGCAUGAGCCUCUGUCGGCCAUUGUACGGUGACUUUUCAGGUAGCAGCAGAUCUCGUCGUCUGUUUGCAGCGGUAAUGUACUAAGGCUGCUUAUCACUGCUUGUUCUGCUAUAUAUCCCUCCGGGCUAGUACAUGUAGUGUAGCUGUGCCUGUAAGGCAAAUAUCACCCAGUUCAAGUCCCUAUUGGUUGCUUGAUUCCUAUUGGAAUAAAUUUCAGUGAUCUUUCUGGUAGCAGGUACCUGUACAAUUCACUUGUAAUUUCUCUCUUUUCGGCGUUUAUGAUGGAUUGACGGAUCCUAA